UCUAUUUUCCACUACGCACCUAUUGGAAAAUGUAAUUUUUCUAAGUAUAUUGAAUUACCAUAUGAUAGUUUUGAUAUGAUUGUAACACCUCAACUAUAAUUAAUUACCCUUUUUUUUCUUGUAAAUGAGAGUGUAAUGAGUUCACUUCAAUUUUGAUUCAUUUUAUGGAUGAAAUUAAAGUGUAAUGAGUCUUAUUCACUUCUUACCCAUCCCCCAUGGAACCUUUAACACCAUCGAAUCACUUUUCAGAUAAAGAAGAAGAAGAAGAAGAACAACAACAACAACCAACCAAGAAUUUAUUCCGAUCAUCGAAAGGCCUGAAUCUGCACAACCUAUCCCAUUUCUUGGAUUGUAUAUCAACACUUUCUUGCUCUGAAUUUGAUUGAUGAGACACUGCACAGAAAUCGUCGGAGCAGAGCGAAAGAAUCGAGGAAUUCAGAUGGAGAAGAACAAUCCUUCUUGUCCUCCAAGAUUAAAUAUCAAUCUUAAAAAUCUUCCUCCAAUUAAUAACCCGCGCAAUGUUACUGGGACUCACUCCUCGAUUCCGGCUAAAUUUGAGAAAUCUAGGUAUAUUAGGCGCGUUCCUCAGUUUAUACCGUUUGAUCACCGGCCGGAAAUAAGGUCGAAUGAUUACCCUGGCUUGCCGGCGAUGAAACUAGCGUGUUCUGAUUCCGCUCGAGCUAUGAACACGAAGACGAUUCCGGUGGCUCCGUCGGCGGAUUACUUCGUUCAAAAGAAAGAUAAUUGCAAGGAUUUAGCUUCGAGGUGUAGUUGUUGCAGACAUGGCUCGACCAAAGAAGGUACUCCAGAAAAGAGAGCGGCAAAGUCCCUUCUAUUUGAGAUAUGCACUGCAAAUCACUGGCAGCCUCCUCUAUUUGAAUGCUGUGAAGAAGAAGGUCCCAGCCAUGCAAGAAAGUAUAGAUUCAAGGUUAGUAUUGAAAUGAAGGGAGAUUGUGAAGCAGUUGUGGAAUGCUAUGGAAACCUUCAAACAAGAAAGAAAAUGGCAGCAGAGCAUGCAGCCGAAGGAGCAUUAUGGUACUUAAAGAAUUUGGGAUAUCGUUUUGAAAGAUGAUAAUUAGGAAUUGUAAAGAACUAGAAAUGAGAAAUGGAAAAUGAGUAAAUCAUUUUUUGACCUAAA